AUGACGACCUACCGUCCAGCCGAGCUAGUAGAUCUUCCUCAGAUCCGUGCCAUAGGUGAAUACUACAUCCUGAACACGUCUCUUGCAUCUAUGGAAUUCCCGCCUCCCUUGCAAACAUAUGAGGCCAAAUGGCAUGAACUCAAGGACUGUGAGCUCCCAUUCCUUGUUGCAGUGAGAGAAGCCGACACGAAGGGAGCUAGUGAAAAACCUGAAACUGUUCUCGGGUAUGCCUACCUUUCGCCAUUCAGGGAACAUCUUCUUUCAUAUGGACCCACCGUCGAACUGAGUCUAUUCGUCCACCCAGAUCAUCAGUCCUGCUCCGUGGGAUCAACUUUACUGAAGAACCUACUUGACCUUGUACGAUCGGGCAAAGUGAGCUACAGGGUUAAGGAGGAUCGCCAUAGUGCCUGUGUCAAUGGCGAUGAGUCAAAAGAGGUAGAGCUCCAUAUUGUUCGGAAUAUCGUUGCAAUUAUGGCGGUUGAUCCUGAAGGCGAAGAUGGAGGCGAAGCGUUGAGAAGGUGGUAUAUUCAGCGAGGAUUCGAGGAGCAAGGGAGACUGAAGAGGCUUGGGUUCAAACGUGGUCAUUGGUGA